AUGCCACUUCAUAGGUUGUUGUUGAAAGUUGGAGCUAUAGUGAUGCUGAGAAGGAAUUUGAACCCAAAGAAGAGAUUAAAUGGAGCUAGAUUGCUUAUAAUGAGCUUAUAUCAGUACUUUUUAGAUUGCGAAAUUUUAAAUGGAAGUCAUAAAACAGAGAUAGUUUUUAUAUCGAAAAUAGAUUUAGCACCUAAUGAAACAAGUUUGCCAUUUGUACUUAAGAGAAGACAACUUCCAGUGAUAAUAGCAUUUGUGAUAACUAUCCAUAAGUCUCAGGGACAAAUCUUAUAUCAAGUUGGAGUAUUUUUGCCGGAACCAAUGUCUGGACAUGGACAGUUGUAUGUGGCUAUCACGAUAACAAGAGAUGAAAAUAAUUUUAAAAUAUUUGUGACCGAUAGAGAGAAUCAAGGAAGUGAUGAAUAA